AUGUCCUCCCACACACUAUCAAAGCCCCAACAAAUGAACUACCGCAUCGGCCGCGGCGAACAAGGUCAAAUCUACGCUAAAUUCGAAGAUUACGAUAGAGACGGCGACUUCGUGGGUAUGGAUAUGUGUCGUAAAUUUCUGCAGAUGGGCAUGACUAGAGCGAAGAGAUAUGCGAACCACAAAGGUGGGAGGAAAUAUGAUAGAGACACGGGGGAAGAGUUGGAGAAGAGUGCGGAGCAUAAAGAUGCAAAGGAGAAGCUAGAGGCGGCGUUGAUUUUUCGGGAGGUUUGGGAAAGGGCGAGGGCGUUUGAGGGGUAUCGCGAGAAGAAGGAGAAGUUUCUUGCGGAGCAGAAGGAGUGGGUUAAACAGGAGAAGAGGAAGGCAAAGAAGUAA